UCACCAAUCACAAGGCCUAAAGAAACUAUUACGUAAUGCGUCUUUGCCAAACAGCACCGCCCAUUUCCUUUGGGGAAAAAAAGUGGUCUGCUAUUUUUUUUUAGCUGACAUCUUUGUAUUUUUAGCUGUUAGCCAUUGCUGCUAAGUAACUUUUCAAGGUAUUUCUUGUGUCAAAGUAUACACACGAAUUGCACGAAGUCCACGCUGUGAACAAGAACAGUUACGCGGCCCUUGAAAAGUUACUAUGGAAGAAGUACAGCAGGGCAGCAAUGGCACUGAGUUACAGACUGCCACCAUCACACCCUCUCAGUUCUCACAGAUAGCCCAACAGAUGUCACUGGGUGGUGGCUCUGUGGCGGUUUUACAGCUGCCAGGGGGUCAGUUUCAGGUUCAAGGAGUGAUCCAGUCUGCACAGUCGUCAGUCAUUCAGUCCCCUCAGAUGCAGACUGCACAGGCCCUGGAUUCAGAUAGUGACGAUUCACAAGACUCAUCAGACAGUGGAGCUGCAGCCCAUAAGACCAGAGAAAUACUGGCGAGACGGCCUUCAUACAGAAAAAUCCUAAAUGAACUUUCAUCUGAGGAAGUGACACACAUUGAGGGAAAGGAUAACAGCCUGGUAUCCACAGGAGUGACUGGAGUUACAGUACCCACCACCCAAAUCUACCAGACCAGCACCGGCCAGUACAUUACCAUAGCAGCUAAUGGCACAAUCCAGCUGGCAACUUCGGGGUCUGAAGCCAUUCAGGGGCUACAGGCUGUCACCAUGGCCAACUCUGGUGGAGCCCAGCAAGGCACCACCAUCCUUCAGUAUGCGCAGACAUCUGACGGCCAGCAGAUACUGGUGCCUAGCAACCAGGUUGUUGUACAAGGUGCAGGAGGAGAGGUGCAAACAUACCAGAUCCGCACUGCUCCCACAUCCAGCUCCAUGCCUCAAACUGUAGUUAUGACCUCCCCUAUGGGAAUAUCUCAGGGCAAGAGUGAUGACCCAACAAUGAAGAGGGAAAUAAGGCUUGCAAAAAACAGAGAGGCAGCCCGUGAAUGUCGACGGAAGAAAAAGGAAUAUGUUAAAUGCCUCGAAAACCGUGUAGCUGUUCUUGAAAACCAAAACAAGACCCUGAUUGAAGAACUCAAAACAUUAAAGGACCUUUAUUGUGUUAAAACAGGAUAACCUGUUUGAAUAAAAGUUGAGGAUUGGGACAUAAUGUGGGAGCAGCACAGCUCAGCCAUUUUGGACAUAAACGGGGUUUCUGGGAACACUUCAUUUCAGGCUGAGAUUCUCCAUUUUUUUUACUCUGUUUGAUAUAAAAGUGACUUGUAAUGGCAGUAAGGUAUACUGGACUAACAAAAAUAAAUUGGCCAUUUUACCACCUGCUGUUUUUUUUUUUUGUUUUUUUUAAAUUUGCUAAUGCUAUAACAUUUAUAGUUGUGUACAUUUUUAAUACUGGGAGGUUUGAAAUUUUGAGCUUUAACUUUGAGUCUCAGUUUGUAAAUUUAUCCGUUUCCUUUUUUCUUGUCUUUUUAAAAAUGUUGCUGUUGGAAUUUUAUUUAAUCUAACAGCAUCAGCAGAAUUUUGACUGUAUAAAAACCACACAGACAUAUUUCCUGUUUAUAUUGUGAACCAGCAAUUCCCCUCAUUUCCCUAUAAGGAGAUGUUACAAUUGUCAUUCCUUAUAUUUUGAGUGUGGUCUGUUUGGUUGUUUCUUGGCAGUUACUUAGACAAUCAGGGAAAAAAAGCACAGUGUCCAGGUAAUAUUUAUUAUGUACAUCUUGGGAGGGGUGGGGAAGAAGAACAAACGGUGUAUGGAAUGUUGCUGAUUCUUAAGUAAAUAAAUAUAUUUUCAUUCA